GAUCCGCGCUUUUCAUAGUUCACAGUUCACGGUUCAUACACCAAACAGAACACUGAAAGGGAACUUCAAAUGUUAUUCAGAAAACAACAGCCCUGUCCGUGAAUAGAGAAGAGGCGAAGAAGUUUGUGAAUAAAUGUCUACCGCAUAUUACAAUGAUAUUGCCAUGCAGGCAAAACAAAAUGAUGAGCGUGACCAAGAGCAGCUUUCGGGUUUUAUAUUUAUGUGCAAUGGAAGAACAAAAACACAGUGCUACAUGUACCGUGUUUUUGGUCUUCCUGCUGGAAAAUUGGAUGUUGUAGAGAAAAUCAAGCCAGGCAUGAAGCUGUUUCUGUUUGAUUUCGAAAUGAAGCUUCUUUAUGGUAUAUAUGAGGCAACCUCUGUUGGAACAUUGCACCUGGAACAAUCUGCUUUCAAUGGGAGGUUUCCUGCCCAGGUGAGGUUCAAGAUCUAUAGUGCUUGUUUACCUUUGCAUGAGUGUUCCUUUAGAUGUGCCAUUGAAAAUAACUACCAGAAGGGUUUCAAGUUCAAGCAAGAACUCAACAAGCAGCAGGUGGGCAGUCUAUUGUCAAUGUUUCGGCCUUUGCCAGCACCAGCGCCUGGUUCUAUGCAGCCUAUGCUACUUCAACCUGUGGAAAAUCAAUUGAGGCUAACUUUUUCGAAGGAUUCAUUUCCACAAAUCUUAGAGUCUCAAAAGUUUCAGCAGACCAGGCUUCAGCAAGGCUUAUGCCAUCCAAUGGAUCCAAAUGUAACUGGGUUGCAACUCAGUUAUGUCCAACCAGUUUCAGAACCUUCUGAUAUUCAACAUCAUGUUCCUUUUCCAGAGCAUCAUUAUUUUGGAUCCACUGAGAACAUGGGCCAUUCUCAUCCAACUGUGGUAAAACAAGUUUAUUUGACACAAAAUCAUCAAUAUUAUAAGGCAGAUGUUAAGCAGCCAUAUGCAGUUGGAAACCCUACCCAAACUAUGCCAGACCAGUAUAACAGCUAUGGCACAAUGGGAAUUAAUCAACAGCUCAGCACGGGGAAUAUUUAUCAGUCUGCAUUACAGCGAGAGGGGGAAACUGUUCAGCAGCAGGACAGUGCUAUCCAGUACUAUAAUCCCAACACGUCACAUGUAGUCACUCAUGCAACUCCGUCAGUGAUGUCAUAUAUGCCAACAAUGGGAGUACCCAAAGUGGCAAACCGGACUCUUCCCCUUGGUUACUUACAUCCCUUUCCAACUCAUCAUUGACUUUGAAAGUGAGGUGAUAUUGCCUCGAAUCUGCAGAAUGUAAGCAUAUGAAAAUAUUAGUGAUUGUGCCAGGUAUAUCUUUGUUUGGCAUGGCUUUAAUUGUUCUACAAUGUCUGAAUUAGCAUUAGGAAUGUUGAUAGUCUGUUGGUUUAUCAUGUUAUGUAGUAAAUACCAAUGAUGUCUAACAUUCGUGUUCCAUACAUAUUGUAGACAUGGAUAAGAGAAUAUGGCUCUCCAAAGGCCUUCAAAAA